GUGGUGGUAGUUAAACGUGAAUACAACGAACGAUAGGAAGCUAUUAAUUUGUUGCUUUCAGUUUCGAAAUAACUUUUUUAAACUAAGUUAGGUUAGCUAGCUGCUAGCAAAGAUCGGGCUUAUGAUUGAUUUAAAUUAGGAUGUUGGAAUUGUGAAAUUCUUGAACUUACAAUAGAUUAUCCAGACAUAAGAAAGAAGAGCCUCAGUGUACUGCAAGAUAAAAAAAUUGAGAUAAUAUCGUACACAAUGCUUUCAAAGCAACAAAUCAAACGAGGAAAUGUUGCUAUUACAUUGGGAAAAACUGAUAAAUGACAAUACAUCAGCCACACUUGAAAAAAGAGCCUCGGUGUACUGCAAGGAAACCAAUUGAGUUAAUCUCUGAUAUAGUGCUUUAAACAACCGAUCAUACGGGGAAAUGUUGCCAUUACACUGUGAAUACAAGGACAAAUUCUAGAGUUUUAAAUGUUACGUUUUAAGACAUAAUAAUAAUAAAAAAUAUAAAAAAACCAGAUUAUUUUGUUUGAGGUUUAGUGAUGGAACAUAACAUAAGUCAAGGGAGAAUAUACAAAACCCCAAGAAUCUUGCAAAAUAUCUAAAAGGUACAUACUGUAUAAAAGAUCUAAAAAAUAAGAUUUCAAGUUGUAUGAGAUAUAAAUCCAUUUGAUUGUAAAUUUGAACCAUUCCUACAAACAAAGAAUAUAUUUAAAUAGACAACAAAGGCAACUAAUUAGUUGAGCCUUCAGCUUAUUCCAAAUGUUAUAGCAUACUAUGGAGCUUCCUUUUAAGUGUCUAAUAUGUGAAAAAAUUUGUUCAAAGAAAGCAGAAAUGAAGAAUCACAUAUUGUUACACACGGGUGAGCGUCCCUUCAAAUGUUUAUUAUGUGAGAAAACCUAUGUCAAUCAAGGCAGUGUAAAGAUUCAUUUGUUGAAACACUCUAGGAAGUAUUCUUUUUACAAUUGCAAUAAAUGUGGAAAAUCCUUAUCAAAUAAAUACAACCUAAAGAUACAUGCCUUGAUUCAUACAGGAGAGGGGCCAUAUAAGUGUGCCACAUGUGGAAAAUCCUUUGUUUACAAAAGGGAUUUUAAUCGACAUGCAUUUAUUCAUACAGGAGAGAGGCCAUAUAAGUGUACCACAUGUGGAAAGUCAUUUUCACAAACAGGGACAUUAAACAAACAUGCCUUGAUUCAUACAGGAGAAAAACCAUAUAAAUGCACUACGUGUGGAAAAUCCUUCGCACAAAAAGCGUCUUUGAAAGUACAUGUAUUGAUUCAUACAGGAGAGAGGCCAUAUAAGUGUACCACAUGUGGAAAAUCAUUUUCACAAACAGGGACGUUAAAACAACAUGCAUUGAUUCAUACAGGAGCAAAGCCAUAUAAAUGUACCACGUGUGGAAAAUACUUUACACAUAAAAGAAGUUAUAAACAACAUGUAUUGAUUCAUACAGGAGAGAGGCCAUAUAAGUGUACCAAAUGUGAAAAAUCCUUUUCAGAAGCAGGGACGUUAAGAAAACAUGCCUUGAUUCAUACAGGAGAGGGGCCAUAUAAGUGUGCCACAUGUGGAAAAUCCUUUGUUUACAAAAGGGAUUUUAAUCGACAUGCAUUUAUUCAUACAGGAGAGAGGCCAUAUAAGUGUACCACAUGUGGAAAGUCAUUUUCACAAACAGGGACAUUAAACAAACAUGCCUUGAUUCAUACAGGAGAAAAACCAUAUAAAUGCACUACGUGUGGAAAAUCCUUCGCACAAAAAGCGUCUUUGAAAGUACAUGUAUUGAUUCAUACAGGAGAGAGGCCAUAUAAGUGUACCACAUGUGGAAAAUCAUUUUCACAAACAGGGACGUUAAAACAACAUGCAUUGAUUCAUACAGGAGCAAAGCCAUAUAAAUGUACCACAGAGUUGUUGGUUGAAACUGGUUCACCAUCAGCAAACACAUGCUAG